CAAUAUCAUCAAUUUAGAGAAAUAUUGCAUCAACCAUGCGGGACAUUUGACUGCCUCUUCGAGACUUAUUUUAUUAUAAAAAACGAUGACCACUGAGAUAACACAAAUUUCUAAGUUAUUCAUUGAAUUAAAGAAGAAAAAAGCAAAUUACAAGCUCCAUGGCGACCCGUAUGUUAUUGCAGCUUGGAGUUGCCUCUAAUAAAUGCGUCUUUUCGUCUUCUUUACAGAAGUCUAAAUUGCAAUUACAGAAUGUCAUUAAACAUAAUUUUAGAAAAGUUCGUGACAACAAUGACCUGGUCCAAACUCAAUCGUUUCUUGGAUCAGGGUCUACAGAAAUGCUAUGGUCUGGUCCGUCUGCUGGAAAUAAACUUUUAAGAGCUUUCGUUUUUGCCUCUGGUUUUACUGGAGCAUCAUUUGUAGGAGCAACUAUUUGGGAGUAUGAAAGAAUCAGAGAUCGUACUUAUAAAACUCUCAAUCCAUUUGGUUACAGAUUUAGAUCAUCGGUAACUGGAUGGAGGUCGAAUGCAAAAGAGUGGUGGAUGAAUUUAACCGAAGGCCAAAGAAUGUUCUGGUUUAUUUGUUAUGCUAAUGCGCUUGUAUUUGUUGCAUGGAAGAUACCAAGCAUACGCCCAACAAUGCUAAAAUAUUUUGCUACUAAUCCGGUAUCCAAUGUCACUUGCCUCCCCAUGGUGUUAUCUAUGUUUUCACACUUCAAUCUUUGGCAUCUAGCUGCUAACAUGUAUGUUCUUCACAGUUUUAGUACUGCUGCGGUAGGGUAUUUAGGAAAAGAACAAUUCUUGGCAGUUUAUCUGUCUAGUGGAGUAAUGUCUAGUUUUGUUAGCAAUGCUUAUAAAAUUCUUUUGAAUCGACAUGGUUUUUCUUUAGGAGCAUCAGGAGCAAUCAUGGGGAUUUUGGCUUUCAUUUGUACCCAAUUUCCUGAUACUAAACUCAGUAUUAUUAUGCUGCCACAAUUCACAUUCAGUGCAGGAUCUGCUAUAAAAGCUAUAAUGGCUUUUGAUACUGCUGGAUGUGUGAUGGGAUGGCAAUUUUUUGAUCAUGCUGCUCAUUUAGGUGGUGCCUUAUUUGGAAUAAUCUGGCAGUUUUGGGGAUUAGAGCACGUUUGGCGAAAACGUGGGCCACUUUUACAAUAUUGGCAUGAAAUUAGAAAUCCACCAAAAUAAUUAAAACUUGUUAAUAGAUUUUGUAAAAACUUUUGCAAAAUAUUAUUUAUUUUUAUCAAAUU